UGGGUUAUGCAGUGUAAACACUUUCUGCCAACAAACCAUUCAGCAUUUUCUAACAGCUACAACAAUGCAGCGAGCCUCACAAUAGGACCAGCUUUGACAAUCAUAACGGUGCCAGCUCUGCACAUGUGUCAACUGCUACAGGAGGCAGGCCACAAGAGAGGAGCUUUCUUCUAUACAUCUACACACAAGUUUUCCACUUGGUGGGCCGCAGUCCCGGGAGAAACCCCCCAUUUGCCCUGGAACUGGACUGAGCACACGUCUGCAAAUGACCUCUUCAUAAAAUACUCAGAAGUGGAGGAGAACCAGACCCUAAGUGUGCUGCAGGCUGAAGAAUACGAUGUGGUCUGGCUGUGCGCUCAGUGUGUGGCAUGUGCUUGUGUUGGUGCUGUGUGUGUCUUCGAAUGAGGACUUCGACUGGACAAAGAACGACCAUGGCUCCUUCUAUUAUGGCACUUUUCCAGCUGGAUUUUCGUGGGGUGCCGGCAGUUCAGCCUAUCAAACAGAAGGAGCCUGGGAUAAGGAUGGAAAAGGACUGAGCAUCUGGGAUGUGUUCAGCCACAAGAGGGGCAAAAUUCAACAAAAUGACACUGGGGAUUCCGCUUGUGAGGGCUACUACAAAGUCAAGGAUGACGUGUCACUGAUGAGAGAGCUCAAGCUGAACCACUAUCGCUUCUCCAUCUCCUGGCCUCGGCUCAUUCCCACAGGCAUAAAGUCAGAUCAUCUCAAUGAAAGAGGAAUUCAGUUCUAUGAUGAUCUGAUCGAUCACCUGCUGGGCAGCAAGAUCACUCCCAUUGUGACUUUGUAUCACUGGGAUCUCCCGCAGGUCUUACAAGAGAGAUAUGGUGGAUGGCAAAACAUAAGCAUGGUCACACAUUUCAAUGACUUUGCCAACCUGUGCUUUGAAAGAUUUGGCAACCGAGUCAAACAUUGGAUUACGUUCAGCAAUCCAUGGUCUGUAGCAGUGGAAGGCUAUGAAACAGGUGAGCAUGCUCCUGGACUGAGGAUGAGAGGAACUGGAGCAUACCGGGCUGCCCAUCACAUUAUUAAGGCUCAUGCUAAAGUUUGGCACACGUAUGAUACGCAGUGGAGGCCAAAACAAAAUGGUCUUGUGGGCAUCUCCCUGACAGCAGACUGGGGAGAGCCUGUAGACAUCAGUAACCAGAAGGACAUCGAAGCAGCAGAGAGAUACGUCCAGUUCUCCCUUGGCUGGUUUGCAACGCCAGUCUUUCACGGAGACUACCCUCAAGUGAUGAAAGACUUCAUUGGUAGGAAAAGUGUCCAACAGGGUCUCGGGGCGUCUCGUCUGCCCACAUUCUCCCCCCAGGAGAAGAGCUACAUCAAGGGUACUUGUGACUUCCUGGGCAUCAGUCACUUUACCACACGCUAUAUCACCCAGAAGAAUAACCCAUCGGGUCGUGGCACCAGCAGCUUCUUCAUGGACCGUGACUUGGCUGAGCUGGUUGACCCCCAGUGGCCUGACCCUGGCUCAGAGUGGCUCUACUCUGUGCCGUGGGGUUUCAGACGCAUGCUCAAUUUUGUUAAGACUCAGUAUGGAAACCCAAUGAUUUAUGUGACUGAGAAUGGAGUCUCAGAGAAAAUGCAAUGCACAGAACUGUGUGAUGACUGGAGGAUACAGUACUAUAAAGACUACAUCAAUGAGAUGCUAAAAGCUCUCAGAGAUGGCGUGAACCUCAAAGGUUAUACUGCAUGGUCCCUGCUGGACAAGUUCGAGUGGGACGAAGGCUUCACUGAGAGGUUUGGCUUGUAUUAUGUGGACUUCAGGAACAAGAACAAGCCUCGCUAUCCUAAAGCUUCUGUUCAGUUUUACAAACGCAUCAUCAGCUCCAAUGGAUUUCCGAAUCAGAGAGAAGUUGAGAACUGGAGGAGGAAGGCUGUGGAGACGUGCUCAUCAAGUAACCAGCUCCUAGCUGCAGAGGAUCAGCGGAGUACUGCUGCCAAUAUUCUAAGACUUAUACAUGACCCACUGACCAGCCACAUGGAGAUGGUAACGGAGAUUGUUGUUCCGACUGUGUGCACACUCUCCAUUUUACUGAGUGCCAUCUUCCUCAUGUUCCUGCUACAGAGGCGGAACUAAAUGGUGCAACAAUCACAACCCCAGAAUACACAACCACUAAGAGAAGAAGUGGAACAGAUAUUUAAUGGAUUGUGUGUUAACAUAAACAUUUUAUUUUGACUGAAUUUCAAUUUGAUGUGGAAACAGUGUUUGCUAUAACAAAGCUGCAAAAUUUUGAAUCUUUCCAUUAA